AUGUCCUUACAUGUUAUUAGUCAACUUGGGCGUCAGUUUGAAACUGAUGAGGAUUACAAACCCCCAGAUGAUGCUGAGGUUGGAGCUAUCCAGCGGGUGUUUAAGGACCGGGGCGGACUGACAAUCAACACUGAGCUCGUCCUAUUGACAGUAACUUCGUCUAGUCCAAGUGUCAAAUUCCGUCGUCAGAUACUAUCUACGUUACGAUCAUCACGGGAAGAUAUCAUCGCCUUUGGGUUGAUUUGUCGGGCGGCGCUGGUGAUUUCGCGUUUAUGGGCUGCUGCCAACGAAACUGGAGAUUUCGCCACACGACCAACAGCUUUUCACUAUGAGGAUAUACAGCCUCAUCAUAUUAUUUCCUGGAAUGAUACCUUCGGACUAGUACGAGGCCUGGACUGCUAUCGCCUCCCCCCCGGCAAUCGGUCGGCAAAGUUUAAAAGCGAUGUGAGACAGAGAGACUGGAACUAUUGUCUAUUACUCAACCAGUUCGCUCCACAAAACCCUCCGGUUGCUCAUAUUUGCCCGUAUGCAUGGCGACCAGAGCCCACCCCCAUCAAUCAGGACCCAGAAGAAGCGGCAGCAGAAACAACAGACAAGGACAUCUUGAAGUGUACUAUUGUCGGCUGCUUUCUUGCAGCGUUCUUUGGAGAAAAAGUCUACGAUCAAAUCAGGGAUCUUCUGCUUGUAGAGAAUCCAAGAAAUGGGCUACGCUUGGACUUGAACCUACACCGCGCCUUCGACAAUGCGGGAUUUACUCUGGUUCCCGACCUGCAGACAAUCCACCGCGAUGCACAGACUGGGUCAAUAACCCAGUAUGAUGUUAUAGUAAAAUCACAUUGGUUAUUCUACACAGACAUUUGGCCUGGCAGUCGGGGCUUCCGUACCGACCGCGUAGUAAACGAGUCUGGUACCACUGUCGAGGGUGACUUGAAGCACAACUCGAGAAUCAGAAUCGAGCGUGCGCAACCCGAUGUACAGCAUGAGCUGCCGCAUCCGGGCCUAUUCCUAGUCCAUGCAACAAUGACAGAGCUCAUUAUAUUCUCUAGUCUUGCUAUGCCCAAGCUAGCUAAUAAUAAGCAUUCUGCGCCUCCAUCUACUAGCCCUAGCUCGCUGAGAGGAACCCCCCAAAGAACUCCGACGCCAAGAAAGCCCCCCAAACCAAUAGCAUCAUCGCCACCCGACUCAUCACCACCCAACCCUUCAACAUCAGGCAAGCGACCAGCAACGAGUCCACCGGCUGGUAAACAUGAUUCCAAACGUCAACAGCGACCGGAAGAACCAUUGACGCCUAUCCAAUUUAGCUCUCCACCCGGUGUAGCAGAAGAGCUCGAGGCAGAUCACGAGGUUGUAGAUGAGGACUACGAUAGCUAUCACGAGUCCGACUAUGAGGCAGGAAUUACCCGGGGACAACGAAAGGCGUUUGAUCAGCAUAUAGAUAGGCUCUGGAGAGAAACUGUUUCGACACCAGAAAGCCUAGCGAGGGUUGUGAACAUCACCAUGGUCGACGGUACCAAUGGCCUCCCAAAGCCCAGCGACGUCAAAUUUGUGGAAAGCAUUCUCAAGGAGAAAUUCGACAUCAAUGGCAACUUCGCUGUUCUCAAUGUGCGAAAGAGCAAGUCCGCAGUUGAAGAUGGGGGUCACUCGUUGUACAAUAUGCACCACCAGGUCGUCGUUAUGCAGAUCGCCGAUGCAGUUCAGAAGGGUUUGCACACCAUCGAGUUGGAUUUCGAUAAGAAGGGGUUUCAAUUCAUGCACAUCUCCCCUUACAGGGCAGAAGCUGAGAUGGUGGCAUUGCAAUUGGAUAAACUCAACGACAAGCGAUUUAGCAGCCAGUCCAUUGAUAAAGUACAAGGAAUCACUGUCAACGGGCUUGUCAUUGUCAGCGUUACUGCUGAUCUUCAAUUUUCCAAGUUCGUGGGCAAUUUACCCCGUAUGCUUGUUGCACUUUCCCGCCAAAAAUGGGGCCUCGUUAUCAUCAAAUCCGAAGCAUCCACGGACCCCAAGACUUACGGCUUGAACUCCGGAGUCUAUAUGAACCGUCACCGUACUACGGCCAUGUGGUAUAAGCUUGUUUGCGCUGCUGAAUCCGCUGGAUGCCUCAAGACAAUUCCAGCCCCGAGCAUUGAGGCUUGCCGCAACUGUGAUGAGAUCGGCCAUAAGUGGAAUGAGUGA